CAAUGGAGUCAUGGACAAGGAAGGCGCCACGUCCUUUGUCCCUGCCCACGCCAAGGACAAAAGUCACAUCCCCAAAUCCCUCUCAGCUCACAGUCACUGUGGCCGCAUUCCCACGUCCAUUUCAACACAGCAGCUCCGGAAGCUUCCCAUCUCCCUCCCUCCCUCCCACUCCCACCGCUAUUCUCUCAACUCUGAGGAUCACUCAUUGCUCAUUGGCCUGAACCCUGUCCUGUCUGUCACAGUUCAAAAAAGGUUCCAGUUCAUCAUCGCCCAAUGUCUUGCUUCGGUUGAAAGCCGCGCGAGAUUUCUGCUGCUGCUUUUGUGGAGUUUGGCUUCGGAUUGGAGACAGACCGUAGGCAGAAGAGUGUUCUUGCGGGGGCGGUGGUGGUUUUUGGCGAGUGGGAGGACGCGAAAGGCAGGCGUCAGGCGAUAUGCCUUUCAGCAGCAUGAUCCAUGAGAUGAAGGGCGAGAUCGGCGCCAUCUCGUCGCGCGGCCUGCUGCGGUUCCGGUCGGGGGGUCACGCCGCCGCUGCCGGGCGAGCGUCGGCAGCCGCCGAGCCGGACGAGGCGCUGCGGGAGAGCUGCUGGGCGCGGGUGCCCCCCGAGCUCUUGCGGAUGGUGCUGGCCAGGGUCGAGCACGAGGAGGCGCGCUGGCCCGGCCGCAGCGCCGUCGUGGCUUCCGCCGGCGUCUGCCGCUGCUGGAGGGCCGUCGUCAAGGAGAUGGUGCGCGUGCCGGAGGUGUCUGGGAAAAUCACCUUCCCCAUCUCUCUCAAGCAGCCUGGUCCAAGGGAUGCCCCAAUGAAAUGUUUCAUUAGGAGGAACCGGGCGACUCAGUCAUAUUCUCUGUGCAUUGGAAUCACUGAUGCGUUAGCUGAUGAUGGGAAAUUUCUACUUGCUGCACGCAGAAGUCGUAGGCCCGCAGGCACUGAAUACCUGAUCUCGCUUGAUGCAAAGAAUACAUCAAAAGGUACCUGCAUUGGCAAGCUAAGAUCAAACUUCUUGGGAACAAAAUUUACUGUCUAUGAUGCCCAUCCACCUUGUACCGGGGCUGUGGUUUCAAAGGGUCCGUCUGCACACAUGAUCGGUUCAGCCCAAGUUUCUCCUGGGGUGCCUGCUGGGAAUUAUCCAAUUUCGCACAUUUCUUAUGAAGCGACUUUUGGUUCUAGGUAUCCAAGAAAGAUGAACUGUGUCAUGGAUUCCAUCCCUUUAUCAGCAAUUAAAGAAGGAGGGACUGCUCCCACGCAGACUGAAUUUCCAUCAAUUAACUCCAACUCUUUUGCUUCAGUUCCAUUCUUCAGGAAAUCAGGUCGUCUGGAUAGUUCAGGUGUUCAGCUAGCCACUCAGAAUGAAGCUAAGAUGGUGCUGAAGAACAAGUCCCCCAACUGGCAUGAACCACUGCAGUGUUGGUGCCUGAAUUUCCAUGGGCGGGUCACGGUUGCAUCUGUUAAGAACUUCCAGUUGGUGGCUUCAGGAGAGAGUGAUCUGAAUAACCAGGGUGAUGACGACGUGAUACUCCAGUUUGGCAAGGUCGGGAAGGACUUGUUCACCAUGGACUACCGUUAUCCAAUAUCUGCAUUCCAGGCAUUUGCCAUCUGCCUGAGCAGCUUUGAUACCAAAAUUACUCGCGAAUGAGUCAAGGUGCGAGGGAGGUGAACCAGCAAGAUACAGCAAGAAUACCUGAGCUUUAAGCCGGAGAGUUUGGUGAUAAAGUAAUCAUGGUAGAGCUGAAUACUUCUUCUGUUGAGUACUAUCGUGAUGUAAAUAGCAAUCUAGCAUUCUAGCUGGAGUGGUUUGCAUUGAGGGUUGGCAAGUGUGAACAUCAGACCAGAGUAUCCUGAAGUUUGACCUUAUAGUAUUGAAGUUGAGAGAUCAUACUUGUAACCAUCUGAGUAUAUACAAGUGCUGAAGGUCUGAUUUCUCCCUG